UAUUGAAUUUUGUUAGUGAGGACCAGAGGAGCAAAAACUGACGGUGAUCAUUCGCGAGUUCGGCCUCCUACACAAUCAAAUAGGAGAGCUGCUGUUGAAAAAAGGAGAAAGAGAAAUGAGGAAAGGCAGGCGCCCCAGGAUGAGCAGCCCCAACAAAAUCCUUUGUUUGAUGCAGAACAAGAUGACUAGCCCCAGCAAGAUCAUGUGUUUGAUGAUGAACAUGAUCAGCAGCAGCAACAAUUUGAUGAUGAACAUGGUCAACAACACCAGCCUGAAGAACCCAUGUUUCUUGGAGGUCCUUAUGAUCUUUCUGUCCUUAAAUAUUAUGAGCAUCAUAUUGCAAUUAAUGUGUAGAAUGGACAGGAUAGACGUGCCUUGAAAGGUGUUUCGAAUGGCAAAAAACAAGACAAAUUCAUUGAUAUUAGAUAUCAGAUACCUGCUCAAAUAGAUCAUUGGAUUAAUAUAUCUGGAUUACGUCCUCUGAGAAGAUGUAGUUUGCAUGUGAUUGACGGUAAUAUGAUAUCUGGUUUUGCUGAGAGAUGACACGCAGAGACUAGUUCAUUUCACCUGCCAUUCGGUGAAAUGACUAUUACUCUUGACGACGUCAGGGGUCUUUUGAGCAUCCCAUGUACUGGAGAGUUUUUUACACCUCCCGCAAAUGUCAAUGAAGAUUUGGCAAUUGCUGCUGCUGUUGAGUUGUUGGGAGUUGUAUAUGAUGAAGCUAUCACUGAGACUAGGACCAAUAGAGGGGUCUCGUAUAGUUUUGAGUGGUUGAAAGAGGUGUUUUUUAAGAAACUUCAUGAACGAAGAUAUGACUUUGUAGCUAAGGCAUAUCUACUUCAUUUGGUAGGGUGUACCAUUCUUGCUGAUAAAAGUUUUACACUUGUAUCUGCAAAAUAUCUUUUUCUGUUUCAAGAUCUUGAUAGUUGUGGUAAAUGGGCAUGGGGACCGGUUGCACUUGUUGUGUUAUAUGACUAUCUUAGAGAUAGUACAUUGCCUGCAACCAAACAGAUUGGAGGAUAUUUAUCUUUAUUUCAGGUACUAUUAUAUUUAUUAUACUUAUCAUUAUUUUUUAAUUAUUUCAUCACCUUAAUAAUUUUACUACAUUUCAAUUAUUUACGGACUUGGAUUUAUGAACAUUUUCCUGAUAUUUGAAAACGGGAUAUGGAUGAACAUAUUUCCUCGAUGCCAUGGAUGUUUCGUUGGACUGCAAAACAAACAUCUGGGAAUGUUGCAUAUUACAGGACAAAGUUGGAUGCUUUGAGGGAUACUGAUAUUAUCUGGGCACCGAAUUACGAUGAGAACGCUGUGACACGAUUUCGGUCUGUGUCAUUAUUUACAGGAUACAUUCGUUGGUGUUUCACGAUGGUUCCGUAUUUACCCAAGAGGUGCAUACGACAGUUUGGGUAUACUCAACACAUUCCUCCUACACCACCGAUGCUUGUUGCACGUGAUGUCGACGUUGAAUGGAGUAUGUACCGGAAUUCUGUACGAUCACUUCGAGCUAAAUUGCACCCAGCUGCAUAUCCACAUGAGUGUGUUGAGGGAUACAUCCAGUGGUAUUAUAGGAUAUCUCAUCCUCGGAUGAUCCCUUAUGUUGCUGCAUAUGUUGGUCCUAGUUAUGAUGCUGAUGCUGGUCCUGAUCCUGGUCCUGAUGCUGGUCAUAGUCAUGAUGCUGGUCCUGAUACUAGGUGUACACGGUGUCACGCAGUUGGUGAUCUUAUACAGCAGAGUUUAGAUUUGCAUAUGGGUGGUCCUGAAGAUCAGAUGUGUCUCUUAUUAGAGAGAGCUUUACACAUUUCUAGAUGAGGAUAUUAUCAGUAGUAUUAUAGUUGUAUUAUUCAGAAUUAUUUUAUUAUUCGCGAGU